UACCGCGCAUGACACGUCUCGCGAGUGACAAGUGACACUUGACCUACAAAAUGUCCGCCAAAAUUUACGUGCUAUGUCUUCUGGUGGCGUCGUCGCUGGCGGCGCGCGGGCGGCCGCGACACCCGCAGCCCGCGCCCGACUACGACUAUGAGCCGCAGGCGCAGGAGCCUAGGGGACAACAGGUGGUGCUCGUUUCGCCGGAGCAGUACGAGGGGCUCUACCGGGCGCAGGACAGGCUGGACGAGGAGUACGAGCCGCGCGCGAUAGCGGCGCAGCGGGCGCCGGUCCGCAAGAACCAGAUACACGAGACACCCAAACAGCCGCCCGUACAGACUAUCAGGAACUACAAUAAGGUCAAUGAUGAUGGUAGCUUUACCUUCGGCUACGAAGCUGCUGAUGGAUCAUUCAAAGAGGAAACGAGAGGCACCGACUGCGUCGUCCGCGGCAAGUACGGCUACGUCGACCCCGACGGCAACAAGAGGGAGUUCACGUAUGUGUCGGGCAACCCCUGCGACCCCAACAAGCCCGACGACGAGGAGCAGGAGCCCGGCGCGCCCGACUCCUCCGAGCGGGAUGACCCCGAACCCAACUACCCCGUCCGGCAGCCGCUGAGACCCACCACCACCCGACCCACCACCACCUACUUCCAGAACGACUUCAGGGACGCCGACGAGGAGGGACCCCAGGAGGAGCCCGUCCAGAACUACAGGCCCCGCAUCGUUCAACGUCCUCAGCCCGCCAGACCGGCCCCGAGACAGCCCUACCAGGACCAGCAGGUCGCCAUCACCCCCCGCCCGAUCCCCGCCGUCCCCGCCACCACCGCCCGAGCUCUGCCUCCCGCGACCACGUUCCGGCCGCAGCUCAGCCUCCAGGCCGUCACCGCUAGGCCCCAGAUUCAAUACAGCCCCCAGCCCGACUACUCCCCCUCGCCCGCGCCCAUCACGGCGUCGCGAACGAGUGCGGGCCAGAUCGACUUCGCUGCGGAAUUCGCCAAGUUCAACCGCGAAAACCAAAUCGGCUCCUCGACUCCAGGUUCUCUCGGUUCGCCCACGAAGUCGGACCUCUCCGGCGCCUCCGAACCGAGCGGCAACCCCCUGUACUCGACGGAGCUGGUGUACGACCCGAGCAGCGGCCAGUACGACACGAACCUCUUCCAGUCGCUGCCUUCGACGAACGGAGAAUUGAACCUCAACCAGAAACUCCAACCCUACGUCGCUCAACGGCAGCCCCAAGCCCGGCCGUUCGUUCCCUCGCCCCAGAUCCCGGCCGACAUCGGCUCCGGGUCUAGCCCCCUCUACAGGCAGCAGCUCCAGCAGAUCCAGCCGAUCAACCCGCAGGAGAUAUACCAGAGGCAGCAGUCCGAGAACCAAUUCCAGAACUCGCAGCAGCUAUUCGCCCAGCAGCAGCAGCUCCAGCAGAGCCAGCUGCAGAGGGACAGAGCGGCCGCCCGCGCCCAAGCCCAAAGACUGUCGCUGUCGCCGGCACAGAGCGCCCAAAGACCUCAACCUCAGUACUAUUUCGUAGCGCCCAGGGAGCAGGGCACCGUCUCGACGGGGCAGAUCGACGCGUUCCUGAGAGGCCACGGAAUCCAGCUGUAAAUUUUAGCAUAAUUAAACCCUGAUAUCGGUCGACUGAGUCCAUAAAGCCAUACUAAUAAAGUUUAGUCGAAUAUCGAUCGAGUUCUCGGUGGACUGUGGCCUAGCCGCCUGUGUAUAUAUACUGUGUCGUAUCAACAUGUAAGGACUAGUUGUAAGGUUUAAUAUUAUUUUAAUACGAAUAAGUCCGUGAAGAUGGUCGGUGUGGACAGAAUGUAAUUGUAAUACAAUUUUAUGAUACGUUUUGUAAUAAAUUAUAUUUUC